AAAGUCUCCACGGAGUCUUCGGCUCGUCAGUCCCCAGUCGGAAGAACACCCUUUCAGCGAGUCCUUGUAAAGAAUCCUCACAGUUUGAGCUAAAAGAUGGCUUCUAUAGAGGAUGGAUUUGAGAUAAUUGAUCCAAAAGACCUGGAAGAAAUAAAAGAGGCCAUGGCGAAUAAGGACCUGUCAACUGUGGUUGAGAAGGUUCAAGAUUACUUUGAGCAGCAAGAUCGUGUGGAACUGAACAUAGCCGUCACAGGGGAAUCAGGAUCUGGUAAAUCAACAUUCAUCAAUGCCUUUCGAGGACUGGGGGAUGAGGACGAAGGCUCUGCUCCAACUGGAGUUGUUGAGACCACCAUGGAACCAGAAGUUUACCCACAUCCCAAAUACCCAAACGUGAAAAUGUGGGAUCUGCCUGGGAUCGGGACACCAAACUUCAAAGCUGACAGAUACCUGGAAGAAGUUGGUUUUCAGCGUUAUGAUUUCUUUAUCAUUGUCUCAUCAGAGCGAUUCAGGGAGUGCCAUGUUCAACUGGCCAACGAAAUAAAAAAAAUGAGGAAGAAGUUUUACUUUAUUCGUUCAAAGAUUGACAGCAACAUUGAUGCUGAAAAAAGAAAGAAGAACUUCAACAAGGAAAGGACACUGGAUGUUAUCCGGAGAGACUGCAUAAGAGGUCUCCAGAGCAUUGGUGUGUCCUCUCCUGAUGUCUUUUUGAUCUCUUGUUUUGACCUGGGGAGCUAUGAUUUCGGUCCUCUUGAGGAAACCAUGGAGAGGGAGCUCCCUCAGCACAAGAGGCAUGCAUUAAUGCUGGCCCUGCCAAACAUAUCCUUGGAUAUUAAUAACAAAAAGAGGAAAGCAUUGCAGGCCGACAUAUGGAAGCUGGCUGCCCUUUCUGCCAGUGUGGCUGUCAUACCAGUCCCUGGCCUCUCAUCAGCAGUGGACAUUAACAUCUUGGUAAUUGGGCUCAGACGGUUUUACAAUGCCUUCAGUCUUGAUGACAUUUCACUGCAAAGACUAGCCAUCAAAUCGGGGAAAUCCUUUGAGGAGCUGAAAUCUGUGCUGAAGUCCCCUCUGAAUAAUGAGAUUAGCAAAGAUGUAAUCAUCAAGCUCCUAACCGGCAGCAUCGGCUUUGCCGUGGAAAGCGUUGCUGAGUACUUUCUCAGUAACAUCCCUCUCAUUGGAUCUCUGGCAGCUGGAGCAUUAUCCUUUGGCACAAUCUACUACGUGCUGCAGACCUGCCUGAAUGAGCUGGCUGAGGAUGCUCAAAAUGUCCUCAUGGCUGCCCUGCAGAGCCCUGUUUGA